GUCGAUCCAUCCAAGAUGGUGCUGGAAAGUACUAUGAUAUGCGUCGAUAAUAGCGAUUACAUGAGAAAUGGGGAUUUUGUGCCUACACGCUUGCAAGCACAGCAAGAUGCUGUCAACUUGGUGUGUCACUCCAAAACCCGUUCAAAUCCGGAGAACAAUGUCGGUCUUAUAACGCUCGCUAAUGUUGAAGUAUUGGCAACACUCACGAGCGAUGUCGGCCGAAUAUUGUCAAAGCUUCAUCAGGUUCAACCGAAUGGAAAAUUGGCUCUUGUUACAGGCAUUAGAAUUGCUCAUUUAGCUUUGAAACAUCGACAAGGCAAGAAUCAUAAAAUGCGUAUCGUUGCAUUUAUUGGGAGUCCAAUAGAGAUUGAUGAGAAGGAACUGGUAAAAUUAGCAAAGCGCUUGAAGAAGGAAAAAGUAAAUGUUGACGUUAUAAGCUUUGGUGAAGAAAGCAUCAAUAAUGAAGUAUUGACAGCCUUUGUGAAUGCAUUGAAUGGCAAAGAUGGUACUGGAAGUCAUCUUGUCACUGUUCCACCAGGACCGCAUCUGUCAGAUGCUCUUAUUUCCUCUCCGAUAAUCCAAGGUGAAGAUGGAAUGGGUGCAGCUGGUAUGGGUGGUGCCGCAUUUGAAUUUGGUGUUGAUCCAAAUGAAGAUCCUGAGCUUGCAUUGGCAUUACGAGUUUCUAUGGAAGAACAACGGCAACGGCAAGAGGACGAAGCGCGUCGUGCGCAGGCGAAUGACACUACUGUGAAUAAGCAGCCGGAAACAAUAAAAGAAGCUCCCAAUGAGGAAGCCAUGCUGAAGCGUGCGCUCGCUAUGUCUCUUGAAGGAGCUGACGACUCAGCUGCCACCACUGAUACCACUGCUCCCUGCAGGGCGAAUGUACCGGACUUCACUAAUAUGACCGAAGAAGAACAAAUUGCUUUCGCAAUGCAAAUGUCUAUGCAGGAUCAGCAGGAACUCGAGUCACAAAAGGAAGAAGCAAUGGAUGUAGAAGAAGAUUAUGCAGCUGUUAUGUCUAACCUCUCUGACCCUGCCUUUCUACAAUCUGUUCUGGAAAACUUGCCAGGUGUAGAUCCGCACUCCGAAGCUGUGCGCCAAGCUGUUGGGUCGUUACAGCAAAAUAAAGAUAAAGAAAAGGAGAAGGAGAAAGACAAAGACAAAGAGAAAAAAUAAACAGCAUUUUUUAGUUCUUUCAUAUUUACAAUAAUGUCAUUUGAUAUUUUCCAUUAUUAUGUAUAAUAUUGUAGCUAAUUUGUCCUGCUAAUAA